AUGAUUCCAGACAUCAGGAGGUGGGUGCAUCAGUCAAAUCACGAAGCCAUGACUUUCCACAUGGCUCAGGCUUUGACGGGUCAUGGAUGCUUCCAGCACUACCUGUGGAAGAGGAGGAGAGCAGAUGACCCCCACUGCAUGCACUGUGAUGAGCCGGACGACACUGCGGAGCACACAUUGUUUAACUGUCCGUUCUGGGCAGAAGACAGACGGGAGAUGGAGCAAUGCGUCGGCCGGCCACUACAACCCAAUGAUGUGCCGGAUAUCAUCCUGGGACCGGAACAGGAGCUCCUCCCAGAUGCUGCAUCCAGGAGGCGGCGUAUUGAGGCGAUGGCGGAGGGACUGAGGUUGGCGUUUGGCAGAAUGGUGGAGGCGAUUCUCGGGCGGAAGGAGGAUGCAGAGCGGGUUAGGCAGGCGCGAUUAUUUUAA